AUGGAUAGGAGAAGACGAUUCACCCCAGCGAUGAAGGAAAUGGAAACCCGGCGCGGCAACAUACUAGGCUAUGUGCUGAAGCCAGGAUGCAAUGAGUUGGAGUGUGUCCGCAUGACUUCAAGCUAUUCGCCGUUGCUUGAAGCAGUAGAAUAUUACGAUUAUCAGUUUGAGGCGGAACUUGACGCCGAAAAUGUGUACAAAGGGCACCCUCGACCAGAACUCGACGAAGCCUGGACUCGCGUUGGUAAAAUACAUCCACCCUCCAUGCCUGAAAAGCAUCGUGCAGAGUUGAAUAAAACAGAUUCGGUCAUACCGUACCCCAAAGAACAGGGUGGUGCAAUUAUGGUCGAGAUUGAGAACUUUAUCCGAAAAGUCAUCUAUGCAGAUUAUUAUUCAAGGCCCGAAAACCUGCCAAUUGAGUUUGAAGUAACGAAUAAACUAUUCUUCAACCACGUCGACCACUGCAUCGAUUAUCUCCGCCAGGUCAUACUGUGUGAGAGUGAUGUUACGCCCGUCACGUCCAACUGGGUCCUCACUCACCACACUCCGCACCCUGACUUUAACACCAUGCACAAGUGUCGAAAUUUUACGAAACUGCUGGAAUGGGUGGAAGAGCACGACAAUGGAGGUGUGCCAAGACAGACACCAAAUCCCAGUUGGAAGCCUGCGCCGGGGCUUGCAGAGACGAUAUUGGACUACGAACACGAAUUCCCAGUACCAACGCAUGGACCUCGAAUCACAGGAAAGGAUAAAUGGGGCCAUGAUUAA